AUGGCUAAAGGAGCAGUCUCUGGCAUCACUGCUGCACCCAGCAGUCCCAGUAACAUCACAACAAGCCCUUUUGUGACCACCAGCCAGCCAAGCAUCAUUGAAGGCAUCCUUAACAAAAUCCCGUUACCCAGAUGGGCUCUCAUAGCCAUCGCAGUCGCUGUGGGCCUAGUCCUGCUGCUCAUCCUCAUCUGCCUGAUCAAGUGCUGCUGUUGCAGAAAGAAGCACAAGAAGAAGGAGAAACUCAACCUUGCCAACAUCAAUGGCUCCUCCACCACUGCCAGUCUGGUUCAACCUGACAUGGACGACAUAGAAUGUGGACUGGACAAUGAGAAACGAGGACGACUGCAGUAUUCCCUGGAGUAUGACUUCCGUAGUCAAGAGAUGAAGGUUGGCGUGAAACAGGCAGCAGACUUGAAGGCGAUGGACAGUGGAGGUACCUCUGAUCCGUACGUGCUUGUCUACUUGACAUCUGAUAUCAGGAAGAAGUAUGAAACAAAAGUUUACCGUAAGACGCUCAACCCUGUUUUCAAUGAGACCUUUGUUUUUCAGAUACCGCAAGCAGAGGUUGCUGAAGCUAGCCUGGUGAUGCAGGUGUAUGACUUCAACCGCUUUGCCAAACAUGACAUCAUCGGUGAGAUGCGGCUGCCUCUCGGUGAGGUUGACCUGCAGCAUGUCAUGGAGCAAUGGCAUGAGCUCACAGCAGCUGGCAAGAUGGAGCAAGAACGACUUGGGGAGAUUUGCUUCUCACUCCGAUACAUCCCCAGCACCAGCAAAUUAACAGUGGUCAUCUUGGAAGCCAAAAAGCUCAAGCAGAUGGAUGCCCAUGGCCUGUCAGACCCCUAUGUGAAAGUGCAACUUAUUCUGAACAAAAAGAAGUGGAAGAAAAAGAAGACGAGCAUAAAGAAAAAUACAUUACACCCCUACUUCAACGAGGCAUUUCUUUUUGAAGUGCCUUUCAGCAUAAUCCAGAAUGUAGAUCUGGUGAUUUCUGUCUGGGAUCAUGACAAAAUGUCCAAGGAUGAGCAGAUCGGGAAACUGUUCCUUGGCUGCCGUGCUGCAGGCAACCAGCUGCGCCAUUGGUCAGAUAUGCUGGCCAAUCCCCGCAGGCCGAUCGCACAGUGGCACAGCCUGCAGCCUGUGGAAGACGUUGACAAAACCCUGGGCCUGAAGACACGUUUCAGGCUGCCGCUACCCAACAGCUAA